AUGAAGUUUCAAGUAGAAGACGUCACAGUCUACUUCCCAUACGACCACAUAUACCCAGAGCAAUAUGCAUACAUGCUCGAGCUCAAGCGAGCCCUCGACGCCAAGGGCCACUGCCUCCUGGAGAUGCCCACAGGCACGGGCAAGACCAUCGCCCUCCUCUCCCUCAUCACAAGUUACACUCUCUCCAAGCCCCAAAACCCAGUCAAGCUCAUCUACUGCACUCGCACUGUACACGAGAUGGAGAAGACUCUCGCUGAGCUCAAGGUCCUCCACAAUUACCAAGUUAAGCAUCUGGGUCCCCAAGCACAGAUCUUGGCUGUGGGGCUUUCCUCUCGGAAGAACCUCUGUGUCAACCCAACUGUCUUGGCCGCCGAAAAUCGAGACUCUGUCGACGCAGCCUGCCGGAAAUUGACUGCCAGCUGGGUGAGAGCCCUGGCCGCUGAGAACCCAAAUGUGCCUACUUGUGAGUUUUUCGAGCAGUAUGAGAAAGCUGGGUCUGGAGCGGUUUUGCCUCCCGGGGUUUAUACCUUGCAGGAUUUGAGGGCGUAUGGGAAGCAGAGAGGGUGGUGUCCCUACUUCUUGGCAAGGCAUAUGGUGCAGUUCUCCAAUGUGGUGGUUUACAGUUAUCAGUAUAUGCUUGAUCCUAAAGUGGCUGGGAUUAUUUCCAAGGAAAUGCAGAAGGAGUCUGUUGUGGUGUUUGAUGAGGCCCACAAUAUUGAUAAUGUGUGUAUUGAAGCGCUUAGUGUUAGUGUGAGGAGGCAAACACUUGAAGGGGCCAGAAGGAAUCUCAGUAAGAUGCAGCAUGAAAUUGAAAGGUUCAAGGCCACUGAUGCGGAUAGAUUGCGUAAAGAAUACAACCGACUUGUUGAGGGUUUGGCACAAGGAGGAAACCUACCUCUCACAGAUACUUGGCUUCAAAAUCCCGCUCUACCUGAAGAUAUUCUGAAGGAGGCUGUGCCUGGAAAUAUUCGCAAAGCGGACCAUUUUGUGCAUGUGUUACGAAGAUUGGUCCAGUAUUUGGAAGGGCGUCUUGAGACUGAGAAUGUUGAGAAGGAAGGCCCAGUUGGUUUUGUUGCCUCUGUUAGUACACAUGCUGGAAUUGACCAGAAAACUCUGAAGUUCUGUUAUGAUCGCCUACACUCACUCAUGAUGACGUUGGAAAUUACUGACACAGAUGAGUUCUUACACAUCCAAACAAUCUGUGACUUCGCGACACUUGUGGGGACAUACACUCGCGGUUUCUCUAUUAUAAUUGAACCAUUUGAUGAGAGAAUGCCACAUAUUCCUGAUCCUGUUUUGCAGCUUAGCUGUCAUGAUGCUUCACUUGCCAUAAAACCUGUAUUUGAUCGAUUUCAAUCAGUUGUGAUUACAUCUGGAACCUUGAGCCCGAUUGAUCUCUACCCCCGUCUUCUCAAUUUCCAUCCUGUCGUCAGUCGAAGUUUUACAAUGUCAUUAACAAGAGACUGCAUCUGCCCAAUGGUUCUCACGCGUGGAAGUGAUCAGCUUCCGGUAAGUACCAAAUUUGAUAUGAGAAGUGAUCUUGGCGUAGUAAGGAACUACGGGAGGCUGCUGCUGGAGAUGGUUUCUGUUGUCCCAGAUGGGGUUGUAUGUUUCUUUGUCAGUUACUCUUAUAUGGAUGGAAUAGUCAAUAGCUGGAACGAAAAUGGAAUUUUAAAGGAAAUAAUGCAGCAUAAGCUUGUUUUCAUUGAGACCCAAGAUGUCGUAGAAACUACUUUGGCUCUUGACAAUUACCGGAAGGCUUGUGAUUGUGGGAGAGGUGCUGUCUUUUUGUCUGUUGCCAGGGGAAAAGUAGCUGAAGGGAUAGACUUUGAUCGACAUUAUGGACGAUUGGUGAUCAUGUUUGGUAUUCCGUUUCAGUACACAUUAAGCAAGAUUUUGCUGGCGCGGCUAGAAUACUUGCGGGAUACCUUUCAAAUAAAGGAAGGAGAUUUUUUGACUUUUGAUGCCUUGAGACAAGCUGCUCAAUGUGUAGGCCGAGUCAUCCGGUCAAAAGCAGACUAUGGCAUGAUGAUAUUUGCUGACAAAAGAUAUAGCCGUCAUGACAAGAGAUCCAAAUUGCCUGGGUGGAUACUCUCACAUUUACGUGAUGCACACCUAAAUUUGAGCACAGACAUGGCUCUGCAUAUAGCACGAGAGUUCCUUAGGAAGAUGGCUCAACCAUAUGAUAAGGCCGGUAGCGUAAGUGGUAGGAAAACCCUUUUAUCCCAAGAAGACUUAGAGAAGAUGGGCGAAAGCAUCGCUGAUGAAAUGUUGCGUUAA